AACCCCCCCAAUCCCUCCCUCCUCUCCCUCCCAAAAUUCACUACCCAUCUCUCUCAUUCAGACAUAUUCACAAACACCUUGCCACAAGAAACAUUUCAAUUGAGCACCAACCAUGGCCAGACCACAACAGCGAUACCGCGGAGUCCGACAAAGGCAUUGGGGCUCUUGGGUCUCCGAAAUUCGCCACCCGUUACUAAAGACUAGAAUUUGGCUAGGAACAUUCGAAACGGCAGAGGAUGCGGCUCGAGCCUACGACGAGGCCGCAAGGCUAAUGUGUGGGCCCAGGGCCCGAACCAACUUCCCUUACAAUCCGAAUUUGUCGUCGCAGUCGUCGUCGUCGAAACUUCUCUCGGCUACUUUGACAGCCAAAUUGCACAAAUGUUACAUGGCUUCACUUCAAUUGACUCAGCAAUCAAUGCAAGUGUCACAAAGAGUUCCAAUUCCAAAUGUUGUUGACACCAAUUGCAUUAUUCGCAAUGGGAAUGAAAUGGUUGGGUGGUUGCCGGAGAUGAAACCGGUGGUGGCGGUGGCGCCGCCACAGAAGGAGGAGAGUUGGGUUGUGAAGAAAGAACAAAUGGAGGGUACACAACAACAGGUCAAGGCUCUUGAAGAUGAUCACAUUGAGCAAAUGAUUGAGGAGUUGCUUGAUUAUGGGUCCAUUAUUGAGCUCUGCCCUGUUGUCCCAUCUCAGGCUACUACUAUGUAAUGUAGACGAAGUCCAAAGCAUCUCAAUCACCCUCCUCUCUCUCUCUCUCUCUAGAUUAGUUCUUCUAUGCUAAUCCCUAUCAUUAUGCUAAUUUAACCCAUUUUUCUCAACCUUGUUAGAACCUCUUCCCAAGUGUAUUUGAUCCUCUUUCUAGAAUUUUCCGUUCUCAGUGGCCCAUAUGAGGAUGCUGUUUGUAUAGUGUACUACUAUGUCAUGAUUAAUAUGAUGCCAUUAUGUGACUUCUGUCCUGGUCCUUUGUCAUU